AUGGUCAUGGAAUUUAUGGCAAAAACGUUAAAAGCAACGAUUAUGGACACACAACGCCCACAUACCGAGUGCUCGGCAAGAUUCUUCUUUUCACAGCUGUUAAAGGGCGUCCGAUACCUCCAUCGGCUGGGAAUUAUGCAUAGGGAUCUGAAGCCCGAGAAUAUCCUCGUCAGCCAUACCAAAAUCGUCAAAAUUGCCGAUUUCGGGCAGGCGUGCCUGUAUUUUCCGGAUCAGCCGGAUCGGGAAUAUGAAGAACAGGUGGCGACGCGGUGGUAUCGUGCCCCGGAAUUACUUUUUGGCACUCGCCGCUACACGCCGGCCGUGGAUAUGGUCGCAACGAUUUUGAUCAGAUUGCCAAAAUAUUCGAGCUGCUCGGCACGCCGACGGCUGAGAAUUGGCCCAGCUGGGGAUCGAUGCCGGACAGCCAGAAAAUCAUUUUUGAAGAGCGACAUGAGACGGAGAAUUGGGUUCCGAUCGUACCGGGUGCGUCUCCCCAGUUUAUCGCUGUACUCAAGAUGCAACUGCGGCUCUGCGGGACGCUUAGAAGUUCCGCCGAUGCCCUAUUACAAAACGAAUUUUUCUCUG